AUGGAUGUCGUCCCUCCAUCUUACGAGACUGCCACGGCCCGAGAUGCCUGGGCUGUCAUCGCUCAGUAUAUCCCAUCGGCCGAUCUCUGUGCGGCUUCGCUAGUCUGUCACAGAUGGCAUAAGCUUCUUAUGCCCUUUCUUUGGGGGAAUCCGGCGUCGCACUUUGGGACAGAUAAUGACGCGGUUUACGUUGCUCUGACUAGGUUCCGAAGGACCCUGAAAUAUGCCCGCGUCGAAGUGCGAAUGCUGACCCAUACGCUCCAUCUUCCUCCCGCACUAUCAGAAAUUUACGGUGGCCCGAGACCGGAAUGGCUGAGAGAUAUCCUCGAAUACCUGCCAUGUCUCCAAUCGUUGAUAGUGUCCAGGCUACCGUUCUUCGAUCACAAUGCCAUGACAGCGUUGAAGACUACGGUCAAAUAUGCACUACCUGCCAAUGGGUAUAAUGUCCGCCUGCUGCUAGCAGAGCGUGAACCGAAUACCACUUCCCAAGGUCUUGCAGAGGCUUUGUUGCACUUUCAGGAAUUGAUAUAUCUGGAUCUAUCUUGGACCACACCUGCUCGAGACAGCAGCGUCUUGUCAUGUCUAUCUCAGCUCGAGCAUCUCCAGGUGUUGAAGCUACGGGGAAUCGGGCUGAGGGAUAGUCAUUCUGAGUUCCUGGCUAAUGCCAUUGGGACCAGAGUCAGGUAUCUAGAUUUGCGGAAUAAUUUUCUCACUGAUAUGGGAGUGCGGUCUCUGUUACAGGGAUGUUUCUUGCCUCGCCCCCAAGCAGAUGAUGCGUCUCCGUUCUUAUCAGACCCUUCUGCUCAUCUCUUCAGACGGUCAGAUUUGGACGAACAGUUUAUUAAAACCCUCACGCAACCUCUUACAGGCCGUUCUUGGAUCGAAAGUCUGCCACAUGUGGGGAUAACGCAUCUCUAUCUCGCAGACAAUCAUAUCACUGUUGAAGGUGCUGCAAGUCUGCUAGCCUCAAAACGGCUACAUUGUUUGGAUGUAGGGACAGUCAACACUGCCAAGUCCUUGAAUCGGCAAACACAGGAUCUAUCACCCAGCUAUGAGAAACUUCCUGGCUCUGAGAAGUUGAUACCCCUUCUGGGUUCUGUUGCGAAAGAGAAUCUUACAUAUAUACGGGCUCAUCAUGCUAUUGUCACAGCCGAAGCGCCAUCGAAAGAUCCUCUUUCAACAAAUGUUUAUCUCCCUGAGCUUGCAGGUUCAGGCCCAGAGAUAGAGCUUGGACCGAAUCAUGCGGCCGCGGAAUUGAGUGCGACUCAUGAGAUUCAUGAGCUGCCAUCAGAGGCAAACUUCAUUGCCGAACUUGAGGAUACGCCCGUCUCACGACCGACGGAGUCUCCUUCCCUUGCUGAAAGAGUUCAAGGGCUACAAAUUUACGCAGAUGAGCCGCUACCGGAGCUAAGGCGCGGUUCAAUUUUUGCACCAGAGGUAGUCGAGCCUCCACAGGCGGCGAACAAUGAUGACGAAGCCCCAGAGGUCAUUAGUCCUGCCACAUGUUCAUCUGUACAGGGACCAUAUCGCCAGAGGAUCCAAGAGUUGCUCAGCAAGAGACCUAAGAACCAUUCUAUUCCUCGAAAGGAUCGCAAAGAAAACAAGCACCCCUAUCUACACCCAUCCCAUGUCCCCCACCUUGAGACAUUGGUCUUGACCGAUGUACCUUCGCAUGUGCCAGCCAAUUCCCCUAUACUGUCGUCUCUGCGUCGGUUUAUUACCGCCUGCUCGAAUGAAGCAUUACUAGCAUCACUUCAGGCGGGGUCUGAUUACUCACUACCCCCUGGGCAAGCUCGACUUCGAGCUGAGCAGGCUCGGUCUAGAUCUCUCUUUGCGCUGCGCCGCUUGGUUCUCGAAAUCACACCCUUGUCGGAGUUGAAGCGCUCAUGGAAGGCUGCUGGAUACCGUAGUGGAGCGUUCAAUUCCAGCACAGGGGACCAAGAUCUGGAAAACAUGUGGUCGGUUGCCAUGGAUGAUUUCAGCUUCUUUGAAACCGAGUGCGGAAUCCCUGAGAACGACCAGGGGAAAUAUUUCCCUAUGGCGGCCCUCAAUGAGAAAGUCACCUUGAUGCCCGAGGAUGAUGGCCCCGUUUCUUCCGGAAGCUACGGACGGGAUACUUUGUUGCCACCGAGCCGGAAUAAUUCACAGCGCAAUGUUUGCUCGCGAAACAAUUCACUCAUCAGCAGCCCAACUGUAGGCUCAAACUAUGCAGACGACGGACGCAGUCAAUGUCCAGUCGAAGUUCCAAUGGUCGACCUCGUCGCCGAACUGGCCUCCUUUCGACGCACCAAGAAAGCCGAAUACGAGGCUGUCUUGCAAUGCGACCGUCUCCAUCGAAAGAGCAUGUCUCGAAUGAGCCCAACCCCAAGCAUACACACAAGAUCAAGAUCGAGUACGGGCUUACUUUCUCCCUCCCCAUCUUUACCGACCGUCCGAUCCCGUUCACCGUCUCCGGACCCGGGUGCGGCAGUCUCGGCACCGCAUUUGGCAAUGGCGCAUUAUGUCGAAGGACAUUGGAAGGGGGAGGUGAAGAUUGUUAAGAAUCCGGCACCGAAGGGUCGGAGUGGCGUGGUGGAUAUGUAUGGGAAUUAUUUCGAGAAGGGGUAUUUGUAUCCUUGA